AGCCUCACCCAUACUGCCAGAAGUCGGACUGAGAAGAGAGCAACCACUCAAAAUUUGAAGGAGCUGACCGCCGCCGCUGGGGUUAAGGAGGGGGGUUUGGUCCCCGGGAGCUGCUCUCUUCCCCGGACCUCGAAUCAUCAGCGGAAGGUUCGCGUCCGGCAGAGGUGGGGCGGCGGCGGGCGGGCGGGGCCACCUCCACUGCUCCCGCCAUCCCCCCUUCCCAACGGUCCAUCCGGCGCUCCUCACGGCCGGCCGUGCCACGCUCCCGCCGCGGACUGCGAUCUGGAGGUUCCAUUUCUCGCCAAUCGGAGAAGGGAACAGGAAGGCGGUCGGCGGCGGGGGGUCGGGCUCACACCUCCACAUCCGGGGCCGCCUCCUUCGCCCUCCCCAGGAUGGCGGUGGUGCCGGCGGAACUCACGAGCAGCAACGUCCCCAUCGACAACCUCCCCGAUGAGAUCCUCACAGAGGUCAUGCUUCGCGUCCCGACGCCGGCCGCCCUCGUGCACGCCGCGGCCGUCUCGAAGCGGUGGCGCGGCGUCAUAACCACCCGCACCGGGAAGUUCCUCGACGACUACCGCGAGCGCCACAAAUCUUCGCCCUUCCUUGGCCUCUACAUCCCGCGCGAGUUCGGCGGCCUCCCCUCGUUCCAGAAGGCGGAUUCAAUCCAGUCCGCCGACGACUGCGACCUCGACCUCCAGCGCGCCGCAGCCAAGGCCUUCAGCCUCGGCGGCCUUGAGAGCCAUCCGGAGUGGCGCCUCCUCGACUGCUUCAACGGCCGACUCCUCCUCGGCAGAGGCGACGAAUCCCUCGAGGUGUACAACCCAUUGUCCUGCGAGCGCAUCUUGGUGCGCCUUCCUCAAGAUAGCAUCCUCCCGAAUAACUUCUCCGCGUGCUUGCUGCAAGGCCAUGACGAUGACGCGGCGUCGUUCCGAGUGGUCUCCGUGCAGCACGAUCGCCGUCGUCGCGACAGGAUUGUUCGUGCUGUCGAGUACGACUCUCGUAAGAAGAGUUGGAAAGAUCACCCUUGGGACUGGGAGACCCUGAAGAACAUUGAGGGGACUGAGCAGGGCGAAAUGAUGCACGCCGGCAACUACGUAUUUUGCAAAUACACUGGACCAUCCUUGCUCUUGCUGGACACGAGCAAGAUGCAAUUUUCCAUCCUUCCCCUCCCAGCCGACAACAAUUGGAAACGCUAUGCUAUAGGAGAGAUGGAGGAUGGUGUGUGCUGUCUUGCAUCAGUUGAUCCAGUUGGCAUAUGGAACAACAACCAUCUAAGAGUGUGGAGGCUGGAGAAACUGGAGUGGAAGCUGGAGAAGGAAAUGCAUGUGGGGCAGGUGCUUGGCAAGCAUGCCCAUGGCAGGUGUUUGUUCUAUAAAGUUCAUGCAGUGACCAAUGGCAUAGCUCUUCUAUGCUCAAGCUCAAGCUCAAGCAUGCGUCAACUUCAUUUCGUUGUUGACCUGAAGACCUUCUUUGUGAAGGACAAGUUUGAGUUCAAGGAUCUUGCUUUUCCUUUGCAAAUGCCAUGGCCACCAGCCUUUUCAGUGGCUACAGUUUGUGCUGAGCAAUCUGCACCUUCCACUAGUGCUCUUAAAAAUACGAGUGUCAGUUUUGCUGCUGGUAAUGCUAAUGUUGUGAAUGAAGCACGAAUUAAUGUUUAUGCAAUGAUGAAUCAUGGGACUACCGAUGGAAACAAUGACAAUUGCCCUGAAUUAAUAGAUGGGGCUGCUCCACAUAACUGUAUGCCAUCAAAUGCACCAGAGGGUUUGAGUAUUCAAGAUCCUGGUGCAUCAGUCCCAACACCAACUGCAGCAGAAGAAUACUUUGGAAAGGAAAAUGAUGUUCCAAAUGACUAUGAUCUAGAAGCUUUGAUUCCUGAUCUGUGUGAUCAAGUCUUUGAUUUGAUGCACCCUGAAGUUACCAGACUUCAUCAUCCAGAAAGAAAGAAGUCAUUGAUUAGGUUGGAGCAGGUUGCUUGCUGUCCCUUUGCAGUUAGCAAUGGUUUAUUACAUCAAUACUGCAUAAAAGAUUCUGAGAGUCCACAUAUUCAAGAGAGGAAACAUAAUUGGGGGCCAAUUCAAGUUUGCAUAAGAAGGCAAACAUGUCUCGAGGAUUGGGAUGACAGUGAAGAGGAGAAACCGGGAAGUUAUGAAAGUUACAGCGUUUCUCUUGAGGGCAUUACAGAUUUUCAGGAUUAUAUGAAGUUUCAGCCAAUGGAUUCUAGCAAUCAAUGUGGCAACGCAGUGUCGGAAUCAAAUACAUCAGUGAUCCCUGGCCAAGGUGGAGAUGAGCAUGGCGAUUUCAGUGGAAGAGUGCGGGAGCGUGUCUCUGUCCAAGUGGUUCAUCAGUCCGAGAAUUCUCUAGAACCUGAUGGUGCAAUUUGUAGUGGUUUUCAGGACCCUCACGCAUUGGAAGCAGAUUUAGUUGGUCAGUAUGUUGAGUCCAGGUUGAACAAAGAUCCUGAAAUCCCUUGCAAUGAUGAUGUUGUUAUACUUGGAUGCUCAGAUGUAUACAGCUCGCAUGAUAAUGGACCGGAAUUAGGAGAUGAAGGUUGCCUUCACAACUGUGUGCCAUCAAAUACAGUAAAAGAUUUUUGUAUUCAAGAAGCCAUUACAACUGCACAAACACUGGUUCGAGCAGAAGAAUGCUCUGACAAGGAUGGUAAUAUUCCGAAUGAUCAUGAUCUAGGACUAGAAGCUCAGCAGAUUCCUGUCCAGGAUCUGAGUCUGUGUGUUAUGUGGGGCAAGACGUAUUCUAGUUGUAGUAGGAGAAAGAAGCCGCAGAAAUAUAAGAUCCUCUCCCUCCGUUAUCAGCUACCGGCUGGGUUCCCCCCUCCGGCCACUACACUGCGCGAUGAAGAUUCUGCCGAGGCCCAGUCCAAUGAGUGCCUGUCGAGCAAUGCAGCACGAGCCCGAAGGGAACCCCAGAGAAGAAGCAACCGCGCGCCCAAGCCCAACCCAAGAGUAAAAGGCCCAGAUUGGGGACAGUAGGCAGAACUCGGUAGGGAUAUGGCAAAUGUAACGAAUUCCUCCAAUUAAAAUUCCUCUGGUUUCCUCUCGGGUCUCAAACUCUGCUUCCUAUCCGAUCCUGCAAUCCUACUAUGAAUCUGAGGAGACAGAGUUGUCCGAAGUAAGUAUAGCGUUUCACUCACUGCUAAUGCUUUUGUUUGAAUCGCCAAAAUUUGAAGGAGAUUGGCCAUAAGGGUAUCAGAUCUAGGCUGGCUGAAUGGUUUAAGGAAUGUGUUCAUAGAGUGGAACAAGAGGGUGUUCUUCUGACAGUGGAAGAGUGGGUGGUAGUUACUCUUGAUAACCACAUUCAAAUGGGCAUGAAAAUGGCCUUUUAGGAGCCCUCUCCUGACCGAACUGAUAUCUCACCCAAGCAUGCACCAUUCACCGAACAUGGAGGCAUACGCACCAGUCAUCACCCCUCUCACUCUCGCCGGCGUUCGCCGCAUCCCGGGAGGAGAGGAUGGCGACGGACGACCACGGUCUGGUCAGCAGCAGCCCACGGCGCCCCUCCUCCGCCUUCCAUUAACGCUGUCGAUUCAUAUCCAGGUGUUCUGUAUCACUAUCACAGUUCAUCUGCUCACCGCUGAAUCAUGUGAGGCAGAGCUCUGUUGUGCAGGGAUUCUGAUCACUUCCCGUUGGAUGCCAAGGCGAGAGGAUAUGAGGAACUUCAACUGAAUCUGUUGUGAAAUUGAACGAGCAAAGGACAGUAGAUGAUGAUAUCGUUGGACAUCACAUAGAAACU